CUGCACAAUAAAAUAGGGUUUGUGAAAAUCAUCUUUAUUUACAGUGGGGUCCUUUACACGCAAUGCGAAAAUUAUAUAAAUGUGACAUUUAUGAUUGACACUUGACAGCAGUGUUCGCGGAACAGAACGUAGCCUUUAUUCUAAAAAGAAUUUCAUCUAUGUAUUUCUUCUUUACUUUCGGUUUCUGGAAAUAAUAAAAAAAUGAAAGCAGCACAAUCCGUAAGCCGGUUGAGUGCCACCCCUCAUAUAAGACUUAAUACAUGUUGCCACAAUAUCUCAUCGUUACAAGUGCGACAUAGUGCAACUAUCGUAAAUUCGAAGAUUCAGUUAUUAGCACCCGUACUAUUAAAAGUCAGGCAUUUGGGGCUGGGUCCUACUUCAAAAGACUUCGAAGAAGCGCCACAAUUCACGAGUCCUCUAACAAAAGUCCACGCAAACGAACUCGUUCUCCACCUUAACGUAGAAGAGAGAAAAAUACUGUUUGACGCCUUACAGGAAUAUGAAUCGAACAGAGUUAAAGAAAAUUAUGAAGGUACAUUAGCUGGCCAGAGGUGGAGAAGCAAGUUAGGAAGACCCAGCAAAGUGCCCACACUUGGUGACGUUGACCCCACGGGCAAGUAUUGUCCUGUACCAGAAGAUUGGCUGAAACAAAAGUUUGCUGAGAUGGUGCAGCCGCCUACCAAGAGGGAGCUGUUUCAUUUGUCGCUUGCAAACUCGAUACCAUUCAUAGGCUUUGGAUUCUUAGAUAACUUCAUCAUGAUCAUUGCGGGAGACCGCAUCGAGAGCUCGAUGAGCGCGUACAUAACGCUGUCGACGAUGGCGGCGGCGGCGCUGGGCAACACGUUCAGCGACGUGAUCGGCAUCGGCUCGUCGUACUACGUGGAGCGCGCCGCGUCCUGGGUGGGGCUGGGCGCGCCCAAGCUGGCGCCCGUGCAGCUCGACAUGGUCAUCAGCCGCCGCUUCGCCAAUUUCGGCAGAGUUAUUGGCAUCACAAUCGGCUGCUUCCUCGGGAUGAUUCCUUUGCUCUUCAUAGACUACGACAAGAAAAGUGAUGAACCGGAAAGCAAGUAAUAUGAACAUAUCUUCACAUCUUCCUAAUGGUAAGGUUGCACUGUAGCAGUAGUGUCCCGUCGAAGUGCCACUGUACUGAGAACUUAAAAGUAACUUAGGAUUUACACAAUACAUAAACGUGAUGUUACACUGUUUCAUAGAAUACUUGCUACAUAGAGGGCGUACACAUUUAAGCAGCAAAGAAAUUUAAUAAACUGUUUUGAUUUUUACUUUGUAUAAUUUUCUUAAGUUUCUCUAUAUAUUAAUAAUUCUACUCAUACUUCAAAAGAGUGUAUGAUAAUUUGCUUUGUUGGUGCGUGCGCUCUCUAUCUGUUUCGUUAUUUUAAAAUAUAUAUUUGUAUAAUUGUGUACACGUGUUUUAUACUCUGAAUUUAAGACUCUUACCUGGUCGGUAAUGUUAUUAUUUAUAAAGUUUACUGUUAAAAUAAAAUACAUAUACCUAUAGGACUGUAUGUAUUAUAAUAAAAACAUUUAACGACACUUCUUGUACUGGGCAGGCAACAUAGGAGGACCUAUUGUCUCUAACUUUCCUAGCAAAUACAUAUAGUAUGUUGAAUUAUACAUAAUACAUAUACAAAUUCGUUAUCUUAAAAUGGUACUAAUGUAUAUUAAAAGUAUUUCAAAUAAUUUGCGAAAAAUAGUUGAAUGUGAAUAAAUCAUAAAACCGCCAUAUAUUUUCUAUAACAAUAUAUUGCGUCACAGUUUGCGAGCCAGUGUGUUGUGUUUUAACAACACAUAGUCACUAACGCGCGAGAUCCUGAUAUAUCUCAGAAAGUCACGACCAUUGAAGUUAGUGAGAUGCACAAUACAACUAGACAGUGAACAUGCACAGUAGCUGUGACGACAAACACUCAGGUGAUAGUGUUUACAAAUUUAUCGAAUUUCUAGCAACUAGUGUUAUAACUUAAAGUAGGAGUUGCGGUAGCUCAGGUAUUGAAAUAAUACUUCAUAGUGUUCCUAUUGAUGAGACUUUGCUAUACUGGGCAUGCUCACUACACAAUGAAGGUCAUGGUUUUCUUGUACAAAGUUGAUUAUAGCCAUGUACGAGAACGGUGUUUAACACGUCAUGCGUCACCCGGCUUCGCCGAAUCAUUUUAAAAUAAAUAGUAUUAAUACCAUGCCAUUUUCGUUGCUAGCCAAAUACAGUAUUAUGGCAUGUUCUUACGUGGGUUGUGACUGUUUAAAAAAUGACCUUGUUGAAUGAUUUUAUUCGGAGGAUAAGUUUACUGACAAUUUUCUCUCCUUAGAGGCUAAAACAAUCAUCUAAAACCAAUAUUGUACAUGUUCUGUCUGUUAUAUAUGAAAAUUACAUAUUUUAUGCAUAUUAUUAUGCUAUAAUUGUAUUUGUCUUUUGUCCUUCAACUUGCUUAAGACUAUAAUAUAUAUAUUUUUCUGAGCAUAUGUAACUAUUUACUUCCGUUAUCAAAUAUAUUUAUUAAAGUUAUUCAAUAUUCUUAAGGCUUGCGUCUCUAAUGGCUACUUUGUAUAUUUCUCAAUGAAUAUUUAUCUAUUUCAAAUUUAUGAAUACAUUUAAGUGUUGUUUAAAUUGAAUUAUAUUUUGUUAGCAAGAAAAGAUUUUAUUAGUUUGUGUGAUAAAUAUAUUAAUACUAUUUAGUAAUAAGAUGUGUAUUAGCUUUAUUAUUUAAGAGUUUAUGUCUUAUUCGUGAUUAAGUUUAAAUGUUGCAUUUGUAUUACAAGCAAUAUAUCUUGCCAUUAUACUACUUUGUAGCUCUCUGGCAUUCAUUUUUAAUAUAAGUUAGAUUCUGCAAAAUAAUAAAAAUAAGUAUCAAACAUAAUAAAACAUAGAAACAAAAGUAAAUAGCAAAAAGAAAUAAAAACUGUUUUGGUUAAAACGAUCGUAUUUUCAUGAAAAAUGUUCUUCGUAUAAAGGUGAUGGUAAGUUAAACAUACACUGAAUGCAAUAUCAUACUCAAGUAGAUAUGAUAUAAAAGAAUGAACGGAAGGGUAUAUAAUAUUCACAUUUAUUCUAUAUGCAGCCAGAGUAAUGUCCGUCACGUUGAAGAUUGAUACUUGUGUUUCAAAUUUUAUUAGAGUAUUAAAAUGCACAUGUUGAUGUCGCCGACUGCGAGUCUCGGACAAGGGGCCAUUUACCGAGCAUUACCUUUCUGCUUAUAACGUCACUAGCUCGGUAAAUUAUGUGUUAUCUUGAGUUUAAUGUUUAACUAAACAUUGAUUCUUGCUUCUUAAGGUAAAACUUUAAUAGCUUUGCGUGCGUUAAAACGAAAGGCGUCUUUACAGAAUCAUUUAUUCUAAAAACAAAUUACGAGUAUGAUUAGAAUGAUGAACGUCACAAAAAAUAUUCCAUCUUACAAAGGUAGGUUCUUCAACUUAUUUAAUGUUUUAGUUAAAUAUGAACUGCAUAUUUAUUUGUACUUACGUCAAUUUAGCGGCGAGCUGUAAAGGUGCAGCUAUCAUAAUAAGCACAGUCGUAUCUAGUCAAUGCACAAUGUUGUAUAUGUAUAUUUGUAGGUACGUGUGUACUGUGUAGUACAAAUCUGCGCCAUGUGACUUGUUUUAGUGUUAUCCAGAGCCGUUCACAUGCUUCACGCCAUAUAAAGGCGCCUUAAAAACCGAGGUUCGGUUUUUAUACGUUGCUUUGCUAGAUGCUGUAAAGUCCAGCCCUCGUGGUGUGCCAUCCUUGGUUGACCCAGCCCUGGGACCCCAAGGCUUUCGUGGAAUUUAUACGAUAAGAAUAAGAUUUAAGCAUUCUUACUAUCUAUAGGUAUCUAUCUGAUGAAAAUUAUAAAAAUACUAAUUUACAAUCUAUUUUUCACCGCGUGAAUAUCUUAUGCUUCUUAGUAAAUACAUAGGUAACUACAAAUAAGAUUAUUAAAACAACUGAUUUGGUUUAGAUAUCCAAUAGAGGGAACUAGUCGACUAUUCUUGAAAAUAAAUAAAUAAAUGCAGUUAUUGAAGUUAUGAUAAUUAAUAGUUGUAAGUGUGUAUUAAGGAUUUGGUUUGGAAUACUGCUCCGGGGUUCGUAAUAAUCUAAUAAAUUUACGGUAAUUAGGUGUUAGCAGUAUUUCAGUGGUAACUACUAAAUCUGUAUCCUUGUUAUCUGUGAAUUGUUUUAAUCGGUUCAUUUGUAAUUAUUGAAUAGUUUUAUGCAAGAUUGUUUUAUUGUAAGACUUGUGAUUUCCGCAUAGAACUAAUAAAAACAUAUAUCUUUA